ACGGCCACCGCGACGGCUAAUGCAGCUUUUCCCUAAUCAAAUGUUAAUUACUAUCCCGUUCUUGUCAUUCGUAUAGCUGUAAAGCGAGCACGAGUACAACAAGAGUUCAUUAUGAUCGCUGUCUUGCGGAGAGCUUUAAAUUACGUAAUUAAAAUCCUAUAGGGAAAUCGUUUGGAAUUGAACCAUAUUUAACAGCGAAUAUUGAACAAGGGUGAGACAUGAAAUUGGAAUAGGUAGUGCAGUUGCGAAAAGUGCAAUCAUUGUAAAACGUGAGAUCAGUUGUAAUGUAAUGGAUACGAGAGUUAUGUGAAAUUGAAAAGAAAUUGGAUCUAUGUGAAAUUGUGAUUACAUCAGGAAGAGUAACAGCUACUUGGUCGGUGAGGUAGAGAGCUGUGAGUAGGAAAAUAUCUGGCUGAGGAAAAAAAUCAAUGAAUGAUUUUCUGAAAGAGCAUGAAAAUUCGCUUGAUCGAUAACUAGUUUUACUGUACGAUUGACUGAUUCUAUUUCGUCGUAGAGAAGAUUCAGUGUUCCAGUAUUGAGCAUCCUUAAUUGUCCGACUCGGUAUGGAUCGAUUAACGUUUUCACAUCGUUUUGUCUUAAUGGGAUGUCUGCUGGGAAUAGCGAUCGCUUUGCUGGAUUCAGAAGAAGGUCCGCAGCCUGGUAUUAAUGGCGAGAUCGUUUACCCAAAGAUAAUUCAUCGGGAUGAAUAUCGUAAACGACGCUCCGUUGAGAACGACGAGACGCUUAUAUGGAUAUCGUUGAAAAAUUGGACAUUAGAAACGAGACUAAACGAUCGUCUUAUAGUGUCACCAGACUUUCUUGUCCAAUGGAUCGGUUCGAUGGAAUAUCAAAAAUCAAGAGAUUCCAGUGAUAAUAUCCCUACAAACUGUGAAGUUCGUCAUGGUUUUGUGAUAAGUCAAAGAUCAACCGUUGCCUUGACACUGUGCGACAGAGAGAUGUACGGUUUGGUCCACAUUGAGAAUGUGUCGUUUUUUAUUCAACCCUUAAAAGACGGACGGCGUCACAUUCUCUACGAGUCAGCGACCCCGACGAAGUGGAAGCUGGAAAGAGGAGCAGAUGGUUACGUCUCGUUGACGCGUAACGAUAACGAGUUUCAUCAAAAUCGGAAUUCAAAAACGAAUUUAGUUGAUGAAAAUCGAGAGAGAUUUAAAAAAAGUAGAGGAAAUUCGAAUUUGUUAAACGGAUCGAAAUACAUAGCGAAACUUGAGAGUGGCUUAAAUCAGCAGGAAGAUGCUGGGAAUGAGAAUGCUUUAAAAUCAAAUGAGGUCAAGGAGAGAGUCGAUAAUCUAAAUUGGAGAGGCAAUUCCCGUGCGGAUGUUAGCUCUCCAAUGAUGGGUAAUUUAAAUUCAAUGGAAGAAAGGGACGGGAUGGACCUAAAGGACACGAAGCUGAUUGAGAAUAAUGAGAAUCAUAUGAGCGAGAGAAUUUCUUCGUACGAAUUAGGAAAACUUAAUUUCAAAUCUCUUAUGAAAGAAGGAAUCGAUAGGCUAUCGUUUGUUUUUGGUACAGAGGAUGCUGAGGACAAUGGGAUAUUCGCGAACGAAAUCUUGGAGCGUUUUCGGGGGUAUCUUAACAAUAUUAUACUGUACGUUGGGAAUUUCAAUAUAUCGAGAGUAAAUGAAUUUUCAACGAGAGCCUCGGGACAUGGUCCUGGAUCCGAGGAAGAAGAGGAUUUGAAUCUAAAAUUGGUGGAGGGUUCCAUGAGGUUAGGUGGUAGGGAGAAAAUCGACUACAGGAGCCACAAACGAGUCAAACGAGAUUUGAUGAUCUGCAAUACGAGGGAGUUCUAUAAUUUAACGGGAGAUAUGAUUGAUGUUGAAGCUGAGGUAGAGGAGGAAAAUAAAGAUGAAAAGGGUAAGGGAGGAUCUGGGUACGAAGAAGGAGAAUCGGUGGAUGCGAAACUCCCAUUUGAGGAAGAUUCCGAGCAUAUUGGAUAUUUCUUUGAUCGGGCGUGGGAAAGAGAUAAAUUGCCUAAACGGAAAACUGUAAGCGAAGAAGCUCCACCUAGAUGGCUUGAAAUUGGAAUUGCAGCUGAUUACUCGGUUGUUGAUUUUCAUGGUGGCAGAGUUCAACAAUAUAUACUUGCGCUAUUAAAUAUUGUAAGCGCAAUUUACAAGGAUCCUUCUCUGGAGUCUAAUAUGAAGCUUGUCAUAGUAAGAAUGAUAUUCUACGCUAAAAAAGAAGACAGUAUGGUACGUAGCGGAAAUGCUAGACGAUCUUUGGAAAAUGUUAACAAGUGGAAUAGAAAGCUGUUGUCAUCUUCGGAGGAAAGUCACGAUGUUGCUGUAUGGUUAACCAGAUUGGAUAUCGGUGGACCAUCCGGAUACGCUCCUGUGUCAGGUGCCUGUGAUCCAGCACGGUCUUGCGCCUUGAAUCGUGAUGAGGGUUUAACUAGCGCUUUCAUCAUUGCCCAUGAAGUGGCGCACAUUUUAGGAUUGUCCCACGACGGGGAUGAAAAUGCUGGAAAUACUUGCGGGGAUGAAGCAUCUUUUGGAAGUGUCAUGGCUCCUAUGGUGGCAGCAACGUUUCAUCGCUUUCACUGGUCAACAUGCUCCAAACGAGAAUUUCACCAUAGAGCAAAACAAUGGUCUUGUCUUCUCAAUGCACCCGAUAACACUAAUGCAACAGAUCUGAAGGCAACCCUACAGGAUACGUUUACAAUGGACGAGCAAUGUCGUAUGGAAUUUGGUGAUGGAUAUAGUUUGUGUAGAAGCUUUGAUUUACCCGAACCGUGUUCGCAUCUGUGGUGUGGUCAUUUGAAUUCUUCUCAAGUUUGCAAGACUAAAAAAGGUCCUCCACUGGAGGGUACUUCGUGUGGAGAAGAUAAGUGGUGCAUCAAUGGCUACUGCGAGCCAGUGGACCGUAAAAGAUUUGGAUUGGGACCAGUGGUUCAUAAUGCACGUGACGGUGGUUGGGGCCCAUGGGGCGAAUGGGCAAAGUGUUCUAGAACUUGUGGCAUCGGUGUGCAAUUUCGAUCCCGUAAAUGUAAUAAGCCUACACCUGCCUAUGGUGGUAUCGUUUGUAAGGGUAAACUCGAAGAAUUUCGCAUAUGCGUACAACCAGAUUGCCCUAAACCCAUAGAUCUCAGGACGAAACAAUGCUCCAGAUUAGCAAGUCUGAUGGAUUUCAAAUUUACCUCAGCCAGGUACAAUAUGACUUGGCUGCCAUACGAACCCGAUCAAGAAAGUUUAAAAUGUCAAUUGACGUGUCGCAGCAAACAAAGUGGUGAGAUUUUUUUCAGUGGUGAAAAUCUCAUUGAUGGUACACCAUGCUCUUAUGGGAAUACUGAUAUAUGCAUUCAGGGUAAAUGUCAUGAAAUGGGAUGCGAUAACAUCUUAGGUUCUAGAAAGAAACAGGAUACUUGUGGAGUAUGCGAUGGUGAUAAUUCAAACUGUAACAACGUCACUAAUAAGGUUCAACGUAAACUAAGACGAGCUAUGACAAGAGUCGCCGUGGUGCCACAUGCUGCAUACAAUAUAAGGGUUGAUGUUACUGUACUGCAGGCACCGGCUGAUUAUAAGGAAAACGUCACUAUCACCGUCAGAGAUAGAAGAAGACGUAGAAACGACGUGAAGGGUUUUGAUUCAAGAGGUCGUGGACAAAUUUUAAUAGUGGAAGGUGCAGCUUUCCGACCUCAAAAGCUGGGCGAUACUUACACCAUGUGGGCCAAAGGACCUUUAUUUGCAGAAAUAGUAGUAUCGAUUGCCAUACCUGAGAAGGUUGUCAAGCAAGGUGUAUCCGUAUCGAUAUUUUUGAAGUAUACGUUAAAUCGCAAUGAUCGAAUUGCUGCUGAAAGAUAUUCAUGGCUACCGGGUGGGUGGGGUCCAUGUAGUGCAAGUUGUGGUGGUGGUACAAGGCAGAAAACAGUUGCGUGUAAGGAUGAAUAUACAGGGAGGAUUGUUCCUAAGAGAAAGUGUCCUUUAAGCCUGAAGCCUGUACAGGAUGUUGAGAAGUGUAAUAUAUUUAGCUGCGAUUUCAAAUGGCUGUCAGGCCCUUGGGAAGGCUGUUCAGCUACGUGUGGUAGCUCUGGCGUACAGUAUAGACAGCUUUAUUGCGUUCAUUCGUCUUUUAACGACAGCUAUUUUACAAAGGAUAAUGAAUUAGAUGUAUACAGGACAAUGAUGCCUCCUACAUGUUGUAGUAAACGGAGCCCUGGCAAUAAAAGGGAAUGUAAUAGAAUACCUUGUCAGGGACGAUGGGAAUUCACCGAUUGGUCUUUGUGUUCGCAAUCGUGUGGAAGAGGUAUCCAGUCUAGGAUGGCUCGUUGCGUUUCUUCACAUGGCGAAACUUUGUUUGAUUGUAACGGUUCCUUUAUACAGGACGAAUUAAGAGCAUGCAAAGGAUACGCAAGAAGGACUUCCGACUGUAUUAAAUCGUGUGAAAAUGAUACCAGUGAUUAUUGCGUCGUACCGAGUCUCAGACGUUACUGCGAGGUUCCAGGAUACAGACGAAGAUGCUGUCGAUCUUGUGAUAAAGCGGAUUUUGAUAUUUGAUAGCAAUUUACAAUUUAGGAUGUUAGUGUGGCUAAUGAGUUGCUACAGACGGGCUCAGUUUAGUAUUUUUUCAUGGUAUUUGCUAAUAAAGUGGAAUUACUAAUAUAUAGAAUACAUUAAUAUGUUACAUAGCUAGGAGUAGGUUGAGCGUAGAGACACUUAUUCGCGGUGACAGACUAAUUAUUAUUCGCAAUUUAUACCAAAGAC